AAGUCAUCGUUUGUGCUGCUGGCAGAAUACCGGCUCGUCAUUUACGGCUUCUUCCACUUCGCAGCACAUCUCCAGAUAAACGCUAGAGAUGUUGCUGUGUGCUCUGGUGGGUCUGCUGCUGCUGUUCUCCUGUCUGGAUGUGUGGUACUUCCUGCGGGGGGUGGUGGUGGUGGUGCAGGCCUGGUUCCAACCCCCGGUCUGGGAUGUCCUGGCAGAGCAGAGUGUUGCUGGGAGAGUCCUACCUCAUGACCUGGACUAUAUGGGUCACAUGAAUAACGCCAGAUACCUCCGGGAGUGUGACUUUGCCAGGUUCCAUUAUUACAUGCGGAACGGGAUCUUUAAGGCCCUACGGACCCUGAAGGCCACCAUGGUAGUGGGGGCCUCCACUAUUCGCUACCGACGCUCACUGGCCUUCGGGGAAGCAUUUGACUUGCGCACUCGCAUCGUGGCAUGGGACGACAAGUCAUUCUUCGUGGAGCAGCGGUUUGUCUCCCAGGGCGACGGGUUCAUCUCCGCGGUGAUGCUAUGCAGACAGAAUGUUCUCCGUAGCAACCCUGAGAGCAUCCUACAGCUGCUCUGCAAGAGGAAGGUGGAGUGUCCCGACUACCCUGAGGAUCUGCAGCACUGGAUCAGCUUCAUCUCAGCCAGCAGCCAGGCCCUGAGAGCCCAGAGUGGUCUAGAGGACAAGACUGGAGCGCAGGAAGACAAAGACAAGUGAUACACACAUUCCUUGAGUAGCCCUAACAUUACACAUUGUUGUAGCCCGGCCCCAAGCACACCUGAUUCAACGAAUCUGCUUAUCAUUCAGCUGUUGAUUAGUUGAAUCAGGUGAGGGCCUAGAACUGACUGACAGCUCCCUCAGAAUACAGGAACUAAACUGACAUGACUGACAGCUCCCUCAGAAUACAUGAACUAAACAGACAUGACUGACAGCUCCCACAGAAUACAGGAACUAAACUGACAUGACUGACAGCUCCCACAGAAUACAGGAACUAAACUGACAUGACUGACAGCUCCCUCAGAAUACAUGAACUAAACAGACAUGACUGACAGCUCCCACAGAAUACAGGAACUAAACUGACAUGACUGACAGCUCCCACAGAAUACAGGAACUAAACUGACAUGAUUGACAGCUCCCUCCAGAAUACAGGAACUUAUUCAUUAUGAUUUUAAAAUAAAAAACUGAUCCUAGAUCAGUACAACUACUACAGGCCAAGUGGCUUUAACCUUUUACUGCAGUGGGCUAAAUCAGGGUCACACAGAGUGAUUCUGGGUAGUCUUAAACAGAUCUACAUUGAAACAAAAUAAUACAUCUCACACACAUGGUUAUGGGCUUAAACAAAGACACCUGUACCAUGUCAGAUAUGGAGUUGAAAUGUAUAACAUGUUGAGUUUGCAUCCCAAUAUUACACUUUAUAUACGUCACAGAAGACUGAAAUAUAACUAAACUGCUUGACAUAGAAACACCGGAUUUCUACAUUUAAAAAAAAAAACAAAUGUUUCUUAAUUAUGAAAAAUAUGAGUCACAUUUCACCCAUGAGGCCACUAGAGAGCACUUUGGUCAUUGGCCUGCAGGAUAGAGGACCAUCGUGUUGUUAAGGGAUUCAUCCUAACCUGAGAUGCAAAACCUUUUCCCAUUGACAUGAAACUCUUACCAUAAUAGUUUUAGUUACGUGUGCAUGUAUCUCCAGAUAGUCUCUUUCAAUUAUUCAUUUCGACAUCUGUGGGAUUCACCAGAAUUUCCUAAGUAGCUCGAAGGACCAAUCAUAAAUGUCUGUCGGAGACUGACGGGUCGAGUGGCGAAUGACGGAGUCCCUCCACAUCAUACUAAAGAGCCAGUCACCUGCCCUCUGAUCAUUCUCACCUGUCUUCCACACAGAGGAGUUCUACUCAGCUCUCCUCAGCACCACUAGAUCUGUUUUCCUGUUCACAGGCUUAACGGUUACACAGCCGAGCGAUGGGUUAUUCGUCUUUUGUGUUGGGUGACCUUGAGCAAGGCACUUAACCCUAAUUGCUCCCUGUAAGUCGCUCUGGAUAAGAGUUUUUGCUAAAUUACUCAAAUGCAGAAUGAACGUUUUCACUCCACUGCUUUUUCUUCAUUCGUCUCCUGUUGUAGCUAGCGUGAAACAGCUAGCGUGAAACAGCUAGCGUGAAACAGCUAGCGUGAAACAGCUAGCGUGAAACAGCUAGCGUGAAACAGCUAGCGUGAAACAGCUAGCGUGAAACAGCUAGCGUGAAACAGCUAGCGUGAAACAGCUAGCGUGAAACAGCUAGCGUGAAACAGCUAGCGUGAAACAGCUAGCGUGAAACAGCUAGCGUGAAACAGCUAGCGUGAAACAGCUAGCGUGAAACAGCUAGCGUGAAACAGCUAGCGUGAAACAGCUAGCGUGAAACAGCUAGCGUGAAACAGCUAGCGUGAAACAGCUAGCGUGAAACAGCUAGCGUGAAACAGCUAGCGUGUAGCGUGAAACAGCUAGCGUGAAACAGCUAGCGUGUAGCGUGAAACAGCUAGCGUGAAACAGCUAGCGUGUAGCGUGAAACAGCUAGCGUGAAACAGCUAGCGUGUAGCGUGAAACAGCUAGCGUGAAACAGCUAGCGUGUAGCGUGAAACAGCUAGCGUGAAACAGCUAUCUAAGGAGACUUGGCUAGCUUAGCUGCAAGGCCAGCUCCCCUACCUGGAAGGGUAGAAUUACUAGUUUGCUCUCUCGUUUAGUGUUCAACCCACUACCGAUGUUGACCAGACCAACCAUCCUAGCGUCACUGCUUAUCGAUCGAGAAGCACACUUUGGUCACAAGACCAACAUAGCGCCAUCUUCCUUUGGCUAGCCAUGCUACUAGCCCUUGUGACGAACGCAAGCUGCGCUCACAUUGUUAAAGGGAUUGGCUUCUCCGGCCAGCACUGUGCUAACUCGCUAGCCUACCACACUCACUAGCCUACCACGCUCGCUAGCCUACCACGCUCGCUAGCCUACCAUCAUUUCACUUUGUUCUCGAAUUAGCCUUUUUUUGGAGCCAUGGAACAUGCUAACUCGGCCCAAGAUUUACCGAACAAGGCCUCUACCGGCACACCUGUGCCCAUGCUGGGCUACCAUAUAUUUUAUACGGGAUGACUUUACUCCACAUAAAAGUAACGUUGUAGCCCCUUGGUGGCAAGGCAAGCUGUGGAUAGCGGAGAUCAUUCACCCGCUGUACAACAAGCCUGGGUAACUCCUGUUACGCAGACAUCAGCUGACCAAAGCGAACUGAGAGACUGUCCCUCACCCGGAAGCCAUGGCCCUCUGGCCCUUGAGAGGUUAAAUGUGGACUAUUGAGUCUAUCCAGAGUGCUAGGGCUCAUUCUACAUGCUCACUGUAUGGAAACAAGUGGUGUUUUUUUUUUUUAAGCUACAUCAACCACACUGACAUGUUACCAUUGUAACCCCAUUACCACCAGACAGGAAGGUAUUUAUUUACAAGCCUUGGCAGUUCUCCAUUCCUGUCUGCAGAGCCAGUGAGCUACAUCCCCUGUCAGUUCUCCAUUCCUGUCUGUAGAGCCAGUGAGCUACAUCCCCUGUCAGUUCUCCAUUCCUGUCUGUAGAGCCAGUGAGCUACAUCCCCUGUCAGUUCUCCAUUCCUGUCUGUAGAGCCAGUGAGCUACAUCCCCUGUCAGUUCUCCAUUCCUGUCUACAGAGCCAGUGAGCUACAUCCCCUGUCAGUUCUCCAUUCCUGUCUGUAGAGCCAGUGAGCUACAUCCCCUGUCAGUUCUCCAUUCCUGUCUACAGAGCCAGUGAGCUACAUCCCCUGUCAGUUCUCCAUUCCUGUCUACAGAGCCAGUGAGCUACAUCCCCUGUCAGUUCUCCAUUCCUGUCUGCAGUUUGCCUUGGGCUUUUCCAAGGUCACCUUGUUGCUCAACCCCACCUUUAUACUCAAGGUUGGCUGCAAUUACAAAUGUCUGGCCUUGGAGCUUGUGGUUUUCCACAUCCUGACUGGCCUUGGAGCUUGUGGUUUUCCACAUGCUGACUGUCCUUGGAGCUUGUGGUUUUCCACAUGCUGACUGUCCAUGGAGCUUGUGGUUUUCCACAUGCUGACUGUCCCUUCUAUGGAAGAGGAUAGGCUACCCCAUUUCUGUCCAGUACUUGCAUUGUGCGUAUAAUUGGAUUGGACGACAGCUUUGCGCAAGCGCAACCAACUCUUUGUCCAGGGUGCCCCCCUGCAAGGGCUCAACGGUUGUCUCAUUGGAUUUGGAAGCUUUUAUAUUGGCCUUCAAUAGCAAGGAGUUACAGCCUCCGGAGGGCCAGAGGGCUCACUACCUCUUGGACACUGUUGAAGGGCAUCUCCUAACAGGAGAUCUGCCAUGUGGCUUGUUGGGCAUCCCCUCAUAUAUUUAUGAGGUUCUACCAAUCAGACGUCACUCCGCUUUCAUUGGCACAUACUGUCCUCGGUGGUGGGGCGUCUGAGGGAUGGUAUUGAAGACUGCCUAGCUUCAGAGAGCAUCUGAGGGUUGGUAUUGAAGACUGCCUAGCUUCAGAGAGCAUCUGAGGGAUGGUAUUGAGACUGUCCCUGACAGAUGUGUAUGAUUGGUUCCCCCGUGCUAUUUAGGAGAUUCUGGUGAAUUCCACGGUGAGACGUCUCACUCGUAAUAUCAGAGAACCGUGGUUACGCAGGUAACCUUACGUUAGGGAACUCUAUCUUGUGUGUACUGCGUAUAAAUUAUGCACCAAAGCUUCUCCAUUCUGUGUUUUUAUUACAAUUAGUGUUUCUAUAAUUUAUUGAUGAUGAUGUUCAUUGUCUAUUUAUUUUUUACAUUAUUUAUGUUGCUGUCUGUAGAUUUUAAAUAUUGAAUUGGAUGCAGAGUAUAUCAUGAUUGGAAUUGAAUGUCAAUUAUUUUGAAUGCAAUUUUGAAUAAAACAUAUAUGUAACCUCCUGGUUACUUUUAGUCUUGA